AUGUCCCACCACCAUGACACAAAUCCACACUUUCUCCCUCGUCCACGUGACCCGGUCCUCGAGUUUCCCUCCCAAACGCCUCCACGGCGCUCUAGGCCACCGUCCCGCCACCACGUCCGUGCUCCAGUCGUGGUGGAUGUGCCACCUCAUGGCCAAACAUCGUCGCCCCACCAUCCGUCACAUGUUAAGCCCGUUGCACCCUUUGUAGUUGAGGCUCCGCACCAACCCCACCACGGAUCCAGGCCCCAUUCGGAAUCUCAAACACAUCCACCUCACCAUCCGACAAAUAUUAAGCCCGUUGCACCCUUUGUCGUUGAGGCUCCGCACCAAGGAGGCAGACGUCCACACGGUCUCAUCCACGCCCCAACGUCCCAGCGGACCAAGCCAGUAACCUGGCUGGUGGGGGCAAUGUGCAUGCUCUUCUGGAUACUGGUGAUCGUGGGAGGCCUGAUCGUCCUGAUAGUGUACCUGGUGUUCCGGCCCCACAGCCCUUGGUUCGACAUCUCAACCGCCACCAUCAACGCCGCGUACCUGGACAUGGGCUACCUGCUGAACGCGGACGUGACGGUGCUGGCCAACUUCAGCAACCCCAACACUAAGGUGAAGGUGGACUUCAGCUAUGCCAUCCUGGACCUCUACAUAGACAACAAGUUCAUCGUCACGAGCUACAUUCCGGGGUUUGCAGUAAUGAGGGGCGAGUCGAGGUUCGCCAACGUGCACAUGGUGGCUAGCCAGGUGGCGCUUUCGACAGCGCAAAGCAUGCAACUACAGAAACAGAUAGAACAGGGAAGAAUGAAGGUUGACAUAAAAGGAUUGUUUAAAGCUAGGUCCAAAUUAGGAGGCAUAUUCCACUACUCAUACUGGAUGUACGCGCAUUGCCAACUCCUCCUCUCCGGCCCUCCCACCGGAGUUUUGAUCAGAAAAAAGUGUGUUACCAAGAAGUGACGACGACAUCUGCCCUCCUAAAUUGCCAUUUUUGUACUCAUUUUCCAUUCAUCAUCAUUAUUUAACAUGUGAGUUUCCACAUCAACUCUCAAUUGCAAUCCUUCAGCUUCUUUCUUGUACUGCUUUGACUCCAUAUAGUUUACAUCUUCACCUUGCUCAUCUUGGCACUCCUCGACUCUCAAUAGCUUCUCGAAUUGGUUUUUGUAUCGACAGUACAUCCCGUAUCCAGCCAUCUGGGCACGCAACACAUAUUAAAUAAAAAACACCUUUCUUUAAAGCAUAAAGAUGAACCAAAUAACACACCUCCACUGAUGCUUUGAUCCUUUCUUCUUGUAAUUUUGCUUCACGGAUUGCCUAUUCCCAUAUGAUAUCCUCUCUAAUUCUUAUUUCUUCUAAUUGGGAUACGUGUUCAUAUUCCAUCCGUACGACUGUCAAGUAAUUAUCCCGGGCUUCUGCACUUCAGCAACAUUGACAUUUAACUCAACCAUAAUGCAGGCUCUUGCAUAAAUACUCAUAAACCAUCAGUUCCAUUGGAAAUUGAGACACGAAGUUA